AUGGACAGGAUCCCGCGGCGCCCUCACUUCCGCUUCCGGGGCGGCAACCGACGCGGCCCGCCCCUUCGCUGCGCGGUGGGUGCUCAUUGCUGCACCCCAGGGCCUCGCCCGCGCUCCGGAGCCCGGGCCUGGCUGCCGCCUCCUUGCCGCGCGUUCCCAGGUGCGCCUGCUUCUCGGAACGCCCUGCCCGUCACCCCGCGGGCCUCGGGGCGGUCGGUCACCUCGUGCAGUCAUCGCUUCCCCGAACCCAGACCUCCGGGUGCGCGCCCCGGAGGCCCCCUGCCGCCGGGCCGUUCCCAGCCAGGCUGCCUCGGGCAUUGCAGCUCCCGGCUGCAGCGGCUGCAGAGCCUGGCGGGGUCCCCGCUUCCUGUCACGGCCGCCGGCCUCGGCCCACCACGUCCGCGCUCCGGGGGCGCGCUGGGGCGCGACGGCCGCGCGGGGAGCUCCCGGCCCCCUAGCGGGCGCCCCGGGCCGCGCCCCGGGCCCCUGAGGCCUGGCCCGCAGGCGCGUCAGAGGACGGACCGCCGGGUCGCGGGGCGCCGGGCCGUGCGGGGUGCUCGCGGGCCCGGCGGGGCGGGGCCCUGGACUGGGGGCCCGGGGCGCGGCCCCGCUCGCCGCCGUGGGGCCCGCGCCGAGCAGCCGACUCGGGCGGGAGGCGGAGGCCGGGCCGGGCCGGACCGGGGCAGCCCCUCAGCCGCACCGCCCUGGGCCGGUGCCCAGGUCCGAGCCGCCUUCCGCCCGCCGCCCCGCCCGCGGCCCCAGCCGGGCCCCGCCGCCAGCCCGGCUCCCGCCCCCGCUCCGCCCCCCGGAGCCGCAGCCCCGCCCGCCACCGCCGUCGCCAUGUUGUGGCUCCCGCAGCCGGCGCCGGGGACGCGCGCGGCCGAGCCCGGGGCCUGCCGCCGCCGCCGCCGCCAGGUGGUGUUUGGACUGUAGACCAUGUGCCUGCGUAGAAGCUGCCCCUGUCCCCGCAGCUCCGCGGCCCCAGCAAGGCGCCCCACGCCCUCCUUCUGAGAGCCCCCCCCCAGGUACGGUGUCGAGCUGGCCUUCCAGAGCCGAGAGUCUGGACACGAGUGAUUUUCUUGUUGUUGUUGCUUUUCCUUGGGAGUUGUUAUUUUAAAGUACAGUAAAAUGCACAUAACAAAAUGAACUGUUUUAACCAUUUUUAGUGCUGUUCAGGGGGAUUCAGUACAUUCACACCACCAUGCACCCCCGGGUCUUUUCCUCUACCCCAGCACAAACCCUGUGCCCAUUAAACGUGACCUCCCCCUUCUUGCCCCUCCCCCCGUCCCUGGCAACCCCCCCCCCCCUACUUCCUGUCGCUCCGAAUCUGACCACUCCAGCCGCCUCCUGUGAGUGGAAUCCAAUGGGAUUCACGUUUUUGUGCCUGGCCUAUUUCCCUUAGCGUGACGUCCUCAAGGUUUACCCACGUUUAGCCUGUGUUGAGUCUUUAUUCCUUUUCAGGGCCAAAUACUAUUCCACUGUCCGUUGAUG